CACACAGGCGGAACCGGAAGUCUGGGGGAACAGCCGGUCCCCACUAUGGCGGCCGCCUGGCCCUCCGGGCCUGUUUCUCCGGAGGCCGUGGCCGCCCAGCUUCUCGGAGUCCUGUGGCUUGUGGCAGCCACCACGGGACCCUGGGGGGCUGCCGCUACCUCCGCCGCUGGGGGCGACGAGACGCUGAAGUGCGAGGACCUCAAAGUGGGACAAUAUAUUUGUAAAGAUCCCCAAAUAAAUGAUGCUACACAAGAACCAGUUAAUUGUACAAACUACACAGCUCAUGUUUCAUGUUUUCCAGCACCCAAUAUAACUUGUAAGGAUUUCAGUGGCAAUGAAACACAUUUUACUGGAAAUGAAGUUGGUUUUCACAAGCCCAUAUCUUGCCGAAAUGUAAAUGGCUAUUCAUACAAAGUAGCAGUUGCAUUAUCUCUUUUUCUUGGUUGGUUGGGAGCAGAUCGAUUUUACCUUGGAUACCCUGCCUUGGGUUUGUUAAAGUUUUGCACUGUAGGAUUUUGUGGAAUUGGGAGCCUAAUUGAUUUCAUUCUUAUUUCAAUGCAGAUUGUUGGACCUUCAGAUGGAAGUAGUUACAUUAUAGAUUAUUAUGGUACCAGACUUACAAGACUUAGUAUUACUAAUGAAACAUUUAGAAAAACACAGUUGUAUCCAUAAAUAUUUAAAGAGAAACAGAUUUGAGCCUCCUUGAAUUUAAUAGAGAACUUCCAGUUUUUCCAUUUUCCUUCUUCACAUAACCACUUUAUGAAUUCUAUAUGAUUUUGUGUGUGUGUGUGCGUGUGUGUGUGUGGUAUAUGUGGUGUGUGUGUGGGGUCAUUUUUGAUUUGUUGAUUUAGUUAAAAGUAUAUUAUUCUUAGAUUUAUUUAAUAAGACUUUCUUUAAAAGCUAUAUAAUAGGCUUUCUGAGGCUACUGUCUCUAUGAGACGGAUAGCUUAUUACUCUGAUAUUCUUUAAUGUCUUUUACAAAGGCAAGUUGCCAUUUAUCUUUUUUGCUUGUGAAAAAUAAAAGUAUAACUUAUUCACAUUUUUUUGUGCUUCAUUUAUUAAGAAACCAAUAUGUAGCUGUCGUUUGCAUUUUGGUCCUUCUAAGCAAUUAAUCUGUGGUGUGAAUGAAUACCAUUUAUAGUGCUGAGAGCUGUAGUCUCCUGUGUGACAGCCCACCUGUGAUUCUACAGCUUUCAGCUGUCUUUGCCUCGUUAUCCUUGGAGCUAAUGAUCACUAAGGAGUCUGUGAAACCUUAAGGCAGCAUGAAUACUUUAAUCCUCUGAAGUAUAAAUUUUUCCCUUUCUUGCUCGAGGAGUGAUGUCCUAGCUGUGCAAGACUAGAUGCUAACUCCUCCAGCUCACUGCAGUUACAUAUGAAGGUGGACAGACAAGGUGGGAACAUCAAACAGGUGACUAACGACUUCCAUCUGUGAGCACUGCUAGGCAGAUACCAGCACAGGAGCCUCAAGUGAUGCUCCAGGGUCUGAAGGAAGUGGCACCUGUAUAGUUCUCUUACUGUAUAUAGAGGGCUUUAAAAUGAAUGCAUGAAAUGCUAUGUGCCCAUAGUACUACCCAACUCUUUCUUUAGUAACAGGUAUAUCUGUUAUCAAAAUUACUAGGUCCAGCUCCUUAAGAGUGAAAACCAUAAUUUUUCUCAAAAAGUGUACAGUAUGGUACAGUUAGCUUUGUAACACAUUAGCCAUUCAGUAAUAGCUUCUCCAGUUAGUGGGAGAUUAUUAAAUAUUGAUAUAUGAAGUGAAUUUGGGUCGUCUCCUACCAUACACCAGGAGCACUUCUUUGAUUCAUUCAUUAAAUAUUGAGUGUCUGCCAGGUGGAAGGUACUGUUCUAAGUGGGGAUGCAGGGCAGUGAACUAGACACAAAAAUCCCUAGCUUUGGGAGUUAAUCUCUUGUGAGCCACUUUUCACAGCGACAGUGUUUUUGCUCAUAGUUAAGCCUGUGUUCUAGUCCUCCCUGGUUCUCUUAGAUUGCACAGGGUGUUUUGAAGUUUCCUUCAAGAGAAUCAAAGCCCAGAUUUUAAAAGCCCUGUUUCUCCAGUCACUUAUGUUCAAUUAAAUAAGAAAUCUCUGCAGUCAAAUCUUGAAAAGUAACCUUGAUUCCUCCGUAUUUGUUGCAGUUGUUAACUUAGCUAGGCAACUUCUUCUCAAAGUGUUUAUUCAUAUAAGCUGUACUUGAGAAGAGUUGUUGAUGAAAUUGAGAAAUAAAGUCCCCUCAAAAUACAUUAUACCUUUAGACUUUCACUGGAAUUUCCUUAAUUUACCUGACAAGAACAUUUCCAGUUUGCCUAAUUCUCUGAUCCUUAAUAUAGGUAAUGAUUUAACAAACAUUUAUUCUGUUUUAUUAUUUACUUUAUGUAAAUCCCCAUGAAUGCAUUUUUUUGGGGGGUGGGGGCUGGGAUGCUCCCCCUCCACCCCACCAGGGGCACUUUACAGCUGAGCUUCAUCCCUAACCCUUUUUUAAAAUUUUGAGUCAGGGUCUUAGUGAGUUGUUGAGGCUGGCCUUGAUCUUGCAAUCCUCCUGACUCGGCCUUCUGUGUUUGGGAGUUAUAGGCCUGUGCCACUGGGCUUAAAUUCCAUAUAAGUUUAAAUUCCAUAUAAGUUUUUCAUUUUUUCCCCUUUUAUGAGCACUGUUUUAUUAUGGCUCUUUAGUAGUGCUUGAGAAUAUGAAUUCUGUUAAGACCUCUCAGGUGCUUUGUAUGAUAUCCCUGUUUUUUGAGAAUUGUGAGAUGGAUCAGCUCAGUCAUUAAAUAGGUUGCUCCUAAACUUUCUAGGGUGAAUGAGGUUGAUUCUUUUAUUCCUACAGAAACAUUUAGUGUCCAGCAGCAGUAAUUUAUAAAUGGUGCUACUUCAACCUGGAAGGACUUAUAGAAUUUCCAGAAGUACCUCUUUACCCAGGAAGAUUUCUUAUCUAUGUUAUAUCUUAGUCCAUUUUCUGCUUCUGUAACAGAGUUACUCGAGAUUGGGUAAUUCUGUAAGAAACAGGUUGAUUUUUUUUAUAGUUUACAGUAGGCAAUUCAGUAGCAUGGUAUCAGCAUCUCCUGCCUUAUCCUCCUGAAUUGCUGAGAUUACAGGCAUGAUCCACCAUGCCUAGCUGGUGAGGAGGUCCUGCUUGCUGCAUCAUGACAUGGCAAGGAGAAAGUAAGAAUGUGAACUCAGGUCUCUUCCUCUUCUUGUAAAGUCACUAAUCCUGUCAUUGGAACCCCACCCUCAGGGUCUCAUGUAACCCUACUUGAAUCUCCACGACCCUGCUUUCAAAUACUAUCACUAUAUGGAUUUGGGGAUUACAUUUCCAAUACAGAUGUCAAAAAGUCUGUUAUGCCUAUAGCCAGGUUUUGUUCAUGGGCCACUAAAACUAUAAGAAAUACUAAUUUGGGUUAUGUUUUAUUUCACAAAACAGUUUUGUGUCUUUUUCACGUACUUUAACCUAGAUAUAUAAGGCUAAGUUAAAUAGUAUAAUAUUGACAGGUACCUAAGAAGCUAAAAUAGAUCCAAGAGCAAGAAGCUGGCAAAGGAGGAAAUUGGUUUUGAAAAAGAACAAGUCUAAGAUGUUGGCUCCUCUUUCAAACAUGUAGGUUUUCCCCAGGGUUCUGGCUGCUUUCCCCUUCCCUUCUCUCCUUCAGUCAGCAUCUCUCAUGCUUUUUUUCUCUUUUCAAAAUUGAUACAAACUUGAUUCAGAAAUGUUGGGAAAACACAAAAAAGUGCAAAGAAAAUAAAGCAUCUUCUACAGUUCAAAGAUAAAAGUAUUUUUAUGUAUGUCCAUCAGGUAGUUUUUUUCAUGCAUGUAAGUACAUUUUUCAUCAUAAAAAUUAUAUAUUAUGUAUACUAUUUUGUAGCCUGUUUUUUUCACAUUGUAAAGACUUUCCUAUUUCAAUAAAUAAUCUUUGCAAAAUUCUU